AUGGCUACGGCGGCGGCGGCCCCCCCGCGACCGUCUGUCUCACUGCGGGAUGCCCAGGGCUGGGGGAUGCCCGGGACCCCUCCCGGGCAACGCCUCCCGGCUCCGACCUGCAGCUGCUUCUCCUUCUCCUCCUCUUCUUCCUCUCCUUCGUCCCUGUCCGCUGCAGCAACGUUACCCGUCCUCCUGCGGCGGCUGCACCGCCGCUGCUGCUGCUGCUGCUGUUGCCACCUCCUCUCCCCGACCCGGGGAUUUAAAGCCUGCACCGCCCCGCCGGCGCCACCAGAGGGUGAGCGAGCCGGCCUUUCGUGCUGUGCGAAGCGUUGUGCUGAGCACGCUGCGCUGGACGGCCCACCAGGAGCCCUGGGGCUGGGGGAGGGCUGCCCCUUCUUCUCCCUGCAGGAGACCCUCAUCAUCAGCCCCAGGAGGGACCAGAGAGCUAAGGAGGGAAGCGCCGCUCCUCCCCCGCCCCCGCGCGCCCGUCUCGCCUGCCCCGGCGGCUCGUUGGCGUCCGGGAUGAAGGGCGGGGGCGGUGGCGGCGGGCCCCGCGCUCUCCUCAGGCCCGACGGAGCCCCGAGACCCCCGCCAGCCGCAGCUGCAGCCGCAGCCAUGUUCACCCAGCAGCAGCAGCAGUUGCAGCAGCAGCUGCUGCAGCUCCAGCAUCUCUUCCAGCAGCAGCCGCAGCCGCAGCAGCCGCAGCCGCCGGCGGCAGGACGGGGGCUGUCCCCUCAGCAGCAGCAGCAGCUACUGAGCCUGCGGGUCACCAACCAGGCGUCUCUCCUCAACGCGAACCCCAUAAUGCAGCGAGCCCUCCUCAUGCAACAGAUGCAAGGGAACCUACGGGGAUUCAGCCUGACCGCACCAGGCCUGCAGCAGUUCUUCCCACAGGCCACCAGACAUUCCCUCCUGGGCCCACCCCCCGUUGGCGUCUCCCUCAAACCUCCCUGCCUCGGUUUCCCCGGACUCCCGUUCCAGAGACAGAACCGCCUGUUCCGAAAGGAUUACCAGAGGGGUCCCGAUAGGAAACGGGACCUGGAGCAGAGCUCCUCGGCACAGGCACCCGGGGGAGAAGAGAAGCCGGCUGCUCCCGGAGCCCCCCAAGUUGAGGCCGCCUCCAACGCCUUCCCGGGAGAUCCGCGGCCCCCCACGGACCCCCUGGCUGAUGGCAGCUCGGAGCCCGCAGCUAAGAGGCUGAAGAGUUCGGAAGGAGCCGAAGGUAACUUGGAAGAGCCGGGCCUGGAGAGUGAGGGUGGAGGGAAAGAGGGCGUGGAUCCCACAGACCUGGCCAAGGACCGGAAUUUCUCCGAGGAGGCGAAGGCCCCUGAGAUGGUGAGCUCUGGGGGUUCCCUAAAGGUGACCAUCCAGCAGAGCAGCGAGAGCCGUGCCAUCAGCACGUCGGCCGGGCACCGGCCCUGCGAGGGGGUCCCGCCCGCGGCGGCGGCUCCCGCCUCCGAGGCGGGCCUCAAGUUCUACUGUUACAUCUGCAAGGCCAACUGCUACAACCAGCAGAAUUUCCAGUCCCAUAUGGCCGGGCUCCAGCACCAGCAGCGGCUCGGGGAGAUCCAGCACAUGAGCAACGCCUGCCUCGUGUCACUGCUGCCCUCGGCCCAGGAGCAGGCCGGCCCCGGGGAGCGAGAUGGGGAGCCCCAGGGGCAGCGCUGGUGCAACACCUGCCAGCUGCAUUUCACUGGGGAUCUGAUCAAGCACCGAAGGACCCCAGAGCACAAGCUGGCCAAGCACUCCCUCCGCCCCUUCUGCACUGCCUGCAGCCGCCACUUUAAGACGCCUCGCAAGUUCGUGGAGCACAUGAAGUCCCCCGAGCACAAGCGGAAAGCCCAGGAGGUGAGAUUGGGUGAGAAGGAACUGGCGGGGCCGGAGGAGUCGGAGGAGCUGAUCACGGUGGACGCAGUGGGCUGCUUUGAGGAGGACGAGGAGGAGGAAGAAGAGGGCACCGGAGGGGAAGAGGAAGAGGAUUCAGAUGUGCUGGCCGAGAGCGACGAGGUGGCAGCCGGCAAGCAGGCCGGGUUGAAGGACGUGGCUGUGGAUGACUGGAAGGUCACGGAGGAGUAUUGUCCCGACAAAUCCUACGGCCUGGAUUUUCUGGUCCCCGUGGUGGGCUACCUGUGCAGGCUGUGCCAAACCUUCUACCGCAGCGACUCCGCGGCCCGGCUCAUGCACUGCAAGUCCCUGAUGCAUUUUGAGAACGUCCAGAGAUACAAAGCUGCCAGGAAGACCAGGCCAGCCCCCCCGGCCAGGGAGGCUGACCCCAGCCCCCCGCGAGCGGACGAGGCCGGAGCCCCCGGCUCGGAGCGGGAGAAGGAGGCGCCGGCAGCGCCCCGGCCCCGGGAAAGCCAGAGAGAGGUGGGCGACUCGGACAGCGACCCGGACGACACCUGCGGGGCCCUGGUCAUCGCCGAGGAGGACGGCAGCCCCCGGGAGAGCGAGCCGGGGGGCGGCCCAGAGGAGCCCGGCCAGCAAGACCAGGGGGACGCCCCCUCCCCGGCUGGCUGGCGGCGCUCCACCCGCCGCAAGCCCAGAUAG